CCACACUCAUACCGGCUCCCUGGCUGUAGUACUGAAGAUCCAACCUGCUUCAUCCAGAGCAACUCACAACUGUCGUGCUUAAAAGUCCUCUCCUGUCUCCUAGAGCUGACGAUCUCUGCCUGACUCGUAAACAUCAUGACUGUGGGGCUGAGCGGCUGAGCAGCCGGCCGGCUUUCUGUGUCAGAUGACAGCUGGAGAGGAGGACGGGCUUGACAGACGAGUUGGACAGAGAUUGCAAACGGGAUCAUAGAGGCUGUCGUGUUGCAGGGGAUCAUUGCCAGCUGAUACACCAGACUUGCAUUUUGGAUAAAGAGCUGCCCUCGCCUGCACUGUGGCUGACCGCUGACCCCGAUCUGCAGCCUAUCCUCCUUUUUGGGUCACCACUGAGCUAAUAGAUCUGGACCUGAUGUGGAAUUUGACCCCAGCUGACCCUUGCCUAUGAGUAGCCUUUAACCAAGCCUGGACUGGGAAAAUCGAAGGAUAAAAGAACGAGAGGGGUGACAGAGAAGAAAGGAAUAAGAAAAAGAGAAGUGAGAAAAGCAGCACAGCGACCGCAUGCCGGUGGAAACGCUGCGGCCAUCAGACGGCCAUCUGGCCGGGGUUCCCUUCACCUCCGCCAUGCCCUUCAGGAUACUAAACAAGGGUCCGGACUACUUCCGUCGUCAGGCGGAUCCUGGGGCUCGUAAACUGAGCGCUGUAGAACGUUUAGAGGCGGACAAGGCCAAAUACGUAAAAAGCCAGCAGGUAGCCCUGACACGACAGGCUCCCAUUAAACCACCAAUCAUCAGAAAGCCCCUCCUUCCUCCAGGAAUGAUGCUCCAAUGCCAGAUCAGCACUCCUCCAGCCCGCAAAGUUUCCCGAUGCCCAGUUGAUGUGGAGAACAGAGGAGGGAGAGAGGGGUCUGCAGGGAGGAGAGGACCUGCUCUUAACCUGGAUAUUCUCAAUAAUCUUAUCAAUGAUGUAUGCGAUGGACCAGCACCAUGCUCCCAGUCCUCUUCCUCCACCUCCCCCUCCUCAUCCUCUCCAUCAUCAGGGGCUAAGAGCAUUGGCAGCAGUCUGUCAGCAGAGCAGGAGCGGAGUAACCGACUCCUCAACAACCUCAAACCACUCAAUCAUUGCACCAUCAACUCCUCCUCCACCUCCUCGUCUACAUCCUCUCCUCUUAACAACAACCUCAAGACUCAGGCAGCAGAGCCAGCCCGCCGUCCACCCCCUGUCCCAGCACGAGCCCCUCGUAUCGGGGUCCAAGCGCUCUACAGCGGCCCUAACUCAGUGACAGUGCGCAGGGUGGACGUCCGGCCUCAGGCUGAAAUAAGGAAGCCUCAGAGGGCCCAGCUACAGCCCCUAAUCAGGCCCAGACAGACUGCCCAGGGCCAGGUCGCUCACCCAAAUGUCCCACCUCCUCCACCGCCUCAGAGCAAACCCCAACCUCAGCCCACUCAAACUCUGCCCCCACCUCCAGCCUACCCACCGCCCAGUCCCAUGCUGGUCCGAGCUGGCAUGAUCCCCCCAGCUUCUCCCGCUUUCACCCGUAUAUCAAACGCCAGCUCUAAGGGAUCCUCUCGUAAGCACCCAUCCUUGCACCGCUCCAAGUCGGACCUGAGUGACCGUUACUCCCGCGCCACAGCCGACCUGGAGCGUUUCUUCAACUACUGCGGGCUGGACCCGGAGGAAGUGGAGGGCAUGGGGGGAGUGGAGCUCUUCACAAGAGCCAACUCAGACAUUGUGUCGGUGUCCAAGCUCCGCAGCGUCAGCACGCCUAGCUCGGAGGCUGACCGGGUCAGGGAGGAUGGGGGAGAUGAGGAUGAUGAGGACUCACCGGCUAGAGCCAAUGAGCGCGUUCCCUACGGUAUCUCGGUCAUUGAGAGGAACGCUCGGGUCAUCAAGUGGUUGUACGGGAUUCGCCAGGCGAGGGAUACUAAUAAUGCUGUCUCUAACGUAUAGACUUGAAAAGACUUGAAACAGGGAAGCACUACGUUUUGUAUGCAUACAUUUGUGUGAAGAAGGGGAGCCCAUCUGUUCAUGUUCUGCUGCCUUACAUCACAUUGUUAUGGAAAUGUCACAUCAGUGGUUUUAACCCGGGCUGCAGGUCAGGACUGCUCCCCUGCUGGACUGAACGGACCAUACCUUUCCCUCCUCCUUCACUUGAUCUUUAUAACAAAGCAAUAAUAGACUGGUAUAAAUGAUGAAUGAAGGCAAAGGAUGCUUGUGAUUUUCCCUCCUCAUGUAAAGGUACUUAAUUUGUGUAAGUGUGCGUGUGUUUGUACCAGAAAUCUUAGCUGAACAAAGCAGAGCUGGCUGCAAACUGUGACAGACUCCGGCGCUGCACAGUGUUGUAACUGGUGAACGAGCUGAGAAGAGAAACACGUUGAUACUGUGAACUUUCACGUAAAAAUCUUUCAUAAACACAUUUGUAUUUUAAAAGAAUCAUUUUGGCUGUAAGACUGUUAAUAUACAUAUUUAUGUCAGCAUGCAAGUAAACUGUUUUAUACGUUCAUUUUAUCAUCUCGAUGAAGCACAGACAUCACUCUCACGAAGAUAAUCACGACACAGAUGCACAUUCAGGUCAAGUACAGUAAAUAUGGCAGCAGCUGCACUAAGUACUGUCUGUAUAUCUUCCUUUAACAUUUUUGUGUUUGCACCAGAAACAAGGUCACGUCUUGGAUUAUGCUACACUCACGCAGCAAGAGAAAUCUGUUUACUGUGUAUGUCUUGGAAAUGAGAGCGUAAGCCAUAUAAGAGAGGAUCUUACAAGUGGAUGGUUAAAGUAAGUGUCACAUGAAUAAGUUAUUUUGCCUCCACACAGAAGGACAGGGAAAAGACUGAGGAGGGCGUACUCAUAAAGAUGCUGUAUAAGUGCUGUGGUUCAGGAAGUGUCUCAGGAUCGACUAGGCAAAAAUGGACCAAUUAGGAAAAUGUAUUUUAUAAUAUAAGACAUCUAUAUGUACAGAAUUCAAUCUUUAAGUGCAAUCUGAUCAUAUCUGCUACAGUAACAGUAAAUGUAGACUAUGGUGUAUUUAUUUGACCUCCUUAUUGUCACAGCAGGAGUGUAAGAGUCCCUCGCCCCCCCUCUGAGUCUUCUUUCUUUUUAACUUCAGGGUAUUCAGUAUGAGCACCAGCUUGUCUUUCCUCUUCGUACUUGUACCUAGAGCUCCGUGUAGUAUCAGUCGGACCAGGACUGGAGAACAAGUCAGCUGAUGUUGAACAAAGUGUGCAGUCUAACCCGGCACUGGUUGCCCAAAGAGUCUUCAAUGAGAGAUCCAAAAUGCUUUACA